CCGUCCAGAGAGCCGUCCAGAGAGCGGUCCGGACCCCUGAAGAGAGGACAGAGAGAGAGAGCCGUCCAGAGAGCGGUCCAGACCCCUGACGAGGACACAGGGGAGGCCCCAUGCCCACAGACCUCCAGUGACUCCUCACCAGGAGAGGAAUGAUAUGUCAAAGCAAGGACCGAGCAGACACCAGACGCUGAAGCACUUCUGCAACACCAUGGGGCUGCUAGGCUUCUUCAAGGAUUACAUCCUGGGCUUCCUGGACUAUGAGACCCCCAAGGUGAUGGUGGUGAGGAACCGCAACCUGGGAGUCAUCUACAGGGGGGUCCAGUUCCUGGUCAUCACCUAUUUCAUCUGGUACGUCUUCAUCAAGGAGAAGGCCUACCAGGACUUUGAGUCGGGUCUGGAGAGCUCGGUGACCACGAGGAUGAAGGGCACAGCGGUGCAAGGCGGCCUGGUGCACGACUCUGAGGAGUACGCACACCCCUCAGAGGGGUUUGAGGUGAUGAGCACCACGGUGAGACGAGACGUCACCCACGACCAGAUACAGGCCACCUGCGCUGAGCAUUUCUCCGUCCCAAACGCCAACUGCAGCGAGGAUUCAGACUGUAGUGAGGGAGAGGUGGACUUCGAUGGCCACGGCCGGAGGACGGGCCGCUGCGUCCCGUACUACGACCAGAGCUUCCGGACGUGUGAGAUCCAGGCGUGGUGCCCGGUGGAGGAGUACGCCGCCGUACGGGAGCCCCCGUUGCUGGAGGCCUUCAACUUCACCAUCGUCAUCAAGAACGCGAUCCGCUUCCCCAAGUUUAACGUGUCCAGAGGGAACGUCGUGGACUUUCCGAAGAAGCGCCAGCUGUCCCAGUACCUGGCGCGCUGCCACUACCACGCGGUGAAGGAGCCGUACUGCCCCGUGUUCCGGCUGGGCUACAUCGCCCACCAGGCCGGGCAGGACUGGGCCGAGCUCUGCCAGACGGGCGGCGUCAUCGGGGUCUUCAUCAACUGGCAGUGUGACUUUGACCUCAACACGUCCAAAUGCAAGCCCACCUACUCCUUCCGUCUGCUGGACACCAGGAAGGACCUCCCCACCGCCGGCUACUACUACAGGUUCGCUAAGUACUACAGCCGGGACGGCGUGGAGUCCAGGACGCUCAUCAAGGCCUACGGUAUCCGCCUGGACAUCAUCGUCCACGGAUACGCGGGGAAGUUCGGCCUCAUUCCGACCAUCAUCAACUCAGUGACGGCGUUGGGCUCCGUGGGGGUUUGUUCCAUCCUCUGUGAUUGGAUCCUGCUAACCUUCAUUGAUAAGGACGAGAUCUACAGCAACAAGAUGUUUGACGACUCCAGCAAAGACCCGGUCCAGCCCAACUCCACCGCUUUCACCAUCGUCAGCUACGGGUCAAACCAUUCCGACCUGUCAGAGGGGGUAGCGCUGUGAGGCCUGUUUUACAGACUGUUUUACAGACUGUCCUGCGACCAACAACAGACCGACGCUCCUCUCAGAACAGACUUCUGAGUUCAAAUGAUGGCAGAGAAUAAGAAGAAAGGAGUUCUGCUGCACAUUAAACCUCUAAUAACCGCCUCUAAUAAAAGCCCUUUCCCUAGAACAUUUUCUAUAUACCUUUAACUUGCUGAUUUGCAGAUAUAACCGCUAUAACCAACCACUGAACCUUGUUACAGGACUCUCAAGUUUUGAACCGAGUUCAGAGUGAGAUUUUUUUUUGUGUGUGUGUGUGUGUGUGUGUGUGUGUGUGUGUGUGUGUGUGUGUGUGGGGGGGGUAAAUUAACAUGCGACUGCACACAAAUGUGUCCACAGACAUGUAUGAUAAGCAUUAUUGUCCCUUAACACUAAUAUUCAGAAACACCACUGCCUCAAAAGGCUAAUGCAACACCAGUAGAGGCAUAUACUUUCCCCUGAACUUUUAAACGUUGCAAACGUGCAAAAACAUAAUUAUAUAUUUAUGUGGCAUUCAGUCCAAUGCUUAAAAUAUAUCUGUGGCAUUCAGUAGGCCAAUGCAGUGGUAAAGUGUGUAAAGUAUGACCAAGUGUUACUUUCUGUUCAAUAGAUAGAACUUUAUCAAUCCCCUGUAGGAGAAAUUUGUUAAUGUUUGACCCUAAAACAAUAAUGGUAAAGAAAUAAUACAAAACAUAACUAAGUCAAACCGUCCAAUCUGAAGGCUCUACUUCCACUCCCCCUACUCACUUCCACCAAUGCAAAGCGAACAGAACUGAGUAGGGGAGAGCCUAACUAGUUUGUGAACGACCCAGAGAAACGCAACACAAAUUCAAUGUGAACAUGUAUGAGGCUUUAAUAAAAUCCCGGACGAUUUUGAAAUUCCGCCACACUUUUUUUUAAAAGUGUCUCAAAAAGAGGGCAGGUCUGGCCAAAAUAGGACGUCUGGUUACCCUACGAACGGCAAACCCAUUUGAUUCCUACCUGUUCCACUGUUAAAAAGCGGCCCAGAUUGGUGGGUGCUAUCCUGGUAAUUUCUCUGCGUGAGAAAUACGAAGUGUGGCGUGUGUCUCACGCCGAAUGCGUGAGACUUGAGUUUCCCAACUCAUGUAAAUCUCCUUUUUGGAGCCUCUCUUAACAACAGCGUUUCAAAGACAAAACACACAACAGAACCUAUUGAUCAACUUAUGGGCCUCAUUUCUGUUGUUCCUUGUGUCACAAUUAAAACCAAAGUCACCUACAAAGCC